AUGGUGCCGAUUUAUCCAUGGACUCCGGCAGGCUCGUCACGUGCGCCGGUGUGCAUGGCAGCUCCGCCGACGGAGCUCCGAAAAUCUAACAGCGCCAUCGAAUUUUUGACAGCCUUGUCACCACCUCUCAAGCCGAUUCGCGGGCAUUCAACACAGAAAAGAAUUGCUGGUUGCUUGUUUAAUUGGCACUUCUGGUGUGUACUAGCAGAGAACCCAACUUUCAAAUCCACCAUGGCUGUCGACGGUAACACCACGUUGGCUCUGCCUGGUAAAAUUCUUGCCCCAGCUUCGAAAUAUGCUGCUGGCUCAGGCACACAUGUCCACGAAGGCAACAUUGUCUCAUCAUUAAUGGGCGUUGUUACGAUUACUGCACCAGCUAAAGCACCGGGACCGGCAAAACGACUCAACAAGAUCACGGCCCUAUUCGCCGACGAACUGUCCACAAUCAGCGUGGCUCGUCACGGCCGCAAGCGAGAAAUCCUGCCAGAUGUCAACAAUAUUGUGCUCGCCCGCGUUGUGCGAUUGAUGCCGAAACAAGCCAUUGUCGUCAUUCAGCAGGUCGGCGAUACUGUGCUGCAAACAGAAUGGCAAGGUGUUAUCCGUGUACAAGAUGUUCGAGCAACCGAAAAGGACAAGGUCAAAAUUUACGAAUCUUUCAAGCCUGGCGAUAUUGUACGCGCCCAAGUUAUCUCUCUCGGUGACCAAGCCAACUAUUACCUCUCGACAGCGUCAAAUGAGCUGGGUGUCAUCAUGGCUACCAGCGAGGCCGGCAACGACAUGGUGCCCAUCAGCUGGAAGGAGUUCCAAGAUCCCGAUACCAACGCAAAAGAGCUGCGCAAGGUGGCCAAGCCCAGCUGAACGACUUAGCCAAAGUACCACUACAAUCCUGAAGUAUGACGUGGGCCAACUUGUGCACACAUAACUUGCGCCUCGCAAAGAUUUCAUCAGGUUCGCUACAACGCUCGCCGCUAGCCUUGCCGCGUGGCUUUCUUAUGCAGCCAAUCGGAUUCCCGGUAGAAAAGACGAGAAAGUCCCCCUGAAAGGAAGGCAGAAUCAAGCUCUUUUCUGAUUCUGAGCAAAUCAUGGGCGACAAUUGGAUUGAUCGUCACAUCUGAAACGAGGCUACGAGCAUCUCUAACAUGGUGUGGGCGAACCUGAUACAGUAGUCCAGCGGCGCAUGUGACGAGCAUCUUCAUGCACUGAUCGCCUGUGCUCGGACUGAUGCACAGGCAGAAUCCAUAGAAAAUACCGGUAGUUUACCAAAGAAGAUGCUACCAAAGAACA